UACCCUGAGCAGCAUCGCAUGUCAUUUAACAAAGAACCUUGGGCCUAGCUAGUGAGAGAGAGAAGAAAAGAAAAGAAAAGAAAAGACAAAAGAAAAAGAAGAGGCCUUGGUUCAUGUUUGUUAGAAAUCAAUUAAGAUGAAAACUGUGUUUGCUUUCCUUGCCCUCUUAUCACUUCUUAAGUUUGGUGGCAGAGAUGUGGUUGCAAGAAAAGACCUGGGAGGAUACUGGAAAAAUGCGAUGGGCAGCCAAGCAAUGCCAGAAGCAAUUAAAGGUCGUAUUGAUCAUCCAGAAAGAGCAGCAAAAAGGGUUCAUUUUGCCAAGGAUUUCGAUCCUGGAUCUGUCGAUGCAAAAAAUGUACUGGACUGGGCUGCUAAACCACCCCCCCCUGCUGGAGAUCUCAUUCAUCCAAAAGCGGAGAAUUCACCAAUUAGCAAAGCCAAGCCUUAAUAAUAUAUAAGCAUUUUGACUGAGGACCCAAAUGUUCAUCAUGUCUUAGGCUCUGAAUAAGGUAAAAUUGUGUCGUUAAGAGUUAAACGACGUGUCAUGAGAGUGUGUAAUGAAUAAAUACUUGUGUUACUGCAAAUAUUGAAUCUUGAAGCUAACCAAGACGGUCUAGUAUACUACUGAAUAAGCGAGCCGUUGAGGAUCAGAGGAAGUUGUGUCUUCGUCUUUGACAUGUUUCUGUUUUCUGUUUUUUAGAUUAAGGAAGCUAAUUGUUUAUGUUUUGAUGCUCUCAUCAUCAAAUGCGUGCUGUAAAAUAUUUGAUUUUAUAAAUUAAUGAAGGAAUUACGUAUGA